AAAGAAAAGAUCAUUCUGCUGUCUACCAAUCAGGUCUGAUUUUUUCUACCCGACCUGAUUGUACGCUCGAAUUGUGUCCGGUGGGCACACCCACUAAUCAUCAAGAAGAGGUGUGGUUCGAUUCAAUCUCCACGUGUACGUGUGCUUCCUGUAGGAGGUUUAUCAUGGAUCUCUUUGGUGAUCUUCCUCCUCCUUCCACAGCACCGGCUUUGUCUGAAGACCUCCCUCCAAAAUCGGAGUCUGCUAAUAGGAAGAGGCAUUUGGUUGGAGACGAUCACGGAUCUGACCCUAAACAGCCUAAACUAGAGGUGGUCAAGCUGCAAGGGUUCCUUGGAGAAAGGAAGGGAGAGAGGGAGGAUAUGCAGGAUGCUCACCUCAUCUUGGACGACUGUACACCACCUUCCGUUUCCAACUCCUUACCCAAUAACAUUGUGAGAGUGGCUUACUAUGGUGUUUUCGAUGGCCAUGCUGGACCAAGAGCCUCCAAGUUUGUUGCUGACCACUUGCACAAGAACAUCAUGACCUACUUACCGAAAGGUAAUGUGCAGAACCUUGAUAGAGAGGUCAAGAAAUGUUUGGUUGAAUCAUUCAAGAAGACAGAUGACGAUUUCCUCCAAAAAGCAUCGGCAGCCAGUCCUUCAUGGAAGGAUGGUACCACAGUGACAUCUCUCCUGGUACUGGACAACACCAUCUACUCUGCUAAUGUUGGGGACAGUAGAGCUGUGCUCUGUCGCAGAUCAGAGGGAGACAAGCUGAUUUUUGUAGGGCUCUCCAAAGAUCAUGGACCCUCUAAUUUUGAAGAGAGAAAGAGAAUUGAGAAAGCAGGAGGAGUUGUUCGUGAGGGUCGUGUGAUGGGUAUACUGGAGGUGUCCCGCUCUAUUGGGGAUGGAAGAUUCAAAGGAUGCGGGGUUACCUGCAAACCCGAUGUGUUUCGUUGUACAAUCACAGAUAAAGAUCAGUUUAUACUCAUUGGCUGUGAUGGUCUGUGGAAAGUGUUCACUGCUGAAGAUGCUGCCAGGUUCAUCAUUGAAGUUCUACAGGAUGAAAGUAUAAAGUCACCUAAAGAUGACGAGAAGGGUACCAACUUUGAGUCCGGUGGGCCCAAGAUGCUUAAAGAAGUUCGUUAUGAAGAGGCGUGCAACCGAUUGGCAGUAGAGGCUGUGAGGAGAGGCUGCACUGACAAUGUGACUGUCAUGAUCAUUGACAUUCUGCACCCACACUCUAAGAGGGCCUAAUCUUGCUUAGCUGUUUAUCAAUAUCAUUGUUCGAUUAUGUCAUGACAUGAAUAAAUUAUAUUACAUUGCCUCAUUGAGCUACAGUCAUGCAUUUUUCCAUGUGUUCUGACAUUUGAA